CUGGCAAAGAGGCGUGACGAUACUGUGACAAUUCAACUUUGGUGGCUCGAUGUGGCGAUAGCAAUUCGACCUGGACCUCCACAUACCCGUCUUCAGGUCUUCAACCACAGACCUGCUGUAUUGUUGCAUUUCUAUGUCCUGCUAUCCUUUAGAUACCUAGACCGUUACCGAAUCGUCAUCCUAUAGGUCGCUCUCCCUUCGCUGCUGGGAUAUACGAUGACGGGGUCGUCGUAUCGUCUCGAAACACCGCGUUCUCGGCAGCAUCCGGACCCUUUGCAUUUUGAACACUCGUCAUUUACCCCAUCUUCGGUCAUUAGCAGCCAUCAACACUCACCGAAGUCGCCACCACUCCUUUACGAAUUGCCUUCUCCUACAUCCAUGUCGCCACCUACGAGCCCCAAGUCCAAGGGACGCCUCAUCUCACCAACUUCCCCCUCAUUUCCCGGUCGUUCAAGAACACCCAGGAGCGGCAGGCCGACCCCACCGCCGGUCCGUCGAAAUCGUUCAGUCACCCCGCUGGGAGUCGUUCAGAGUGACUUGGAAAGGUUCGCCGACCAAUGUCGGGCCUGGUAUUUCAAUCAAGACGAUAAGGCCGGACAUCUGAUGACCCAGACUCUGGCGACUAUAGCUCCGUCUCAGCGUGCAUCUUACGCAAGGUUACAAGCGUCCACGCGCGCAGCCUACCAUCGUUCCGUAACUGCAAGAAGGCACGCCGAAUUCGAGGCUCACUUGAGUGCGACACUGCCUGGUGGGUCCUUGUUGCCCCACUCCCGAGCGAAUCCAAGCAGUCCCGCUGCACAGAAAGAACGUCUCGAUCGAUUUCAGCGCUUUCUGCGAACAUGGUGUACAUUGGGGAUGCCAGGACCGCAACCUUUCUUUUACGGAUUAUGGGCAUUAAUGCGAUUGCAAACUAUACCAGAGAAUAUCGGAGGUGCAGGUUGCAAUAGAAUAGACUGGGAGAUCGAUGAUGCUGUGUUUAAAGAGACAGCUGGGAAAGAUUUUAUGCUUGAAGCAAUAGAUGUUCUGAAAGGAGUGCUAGCAUUUGAAGAAACGUCUUCAUCCAAAAGAGCAUCUUCCGCCGUUACCGAUGAGCUCGCAUCGCAUGGCAUUGCACAUUCGCGCUCCCAAUCUCAGCCUCUCUCAUCUCAAAGCCCCAUGCAUAUAGUAAAAGGCGCGACGCCUAAACGUCCACGGGCUCCUAGUGAUCCCUUUCUGGAUACACCGGCACUUUCACGUUCUGUUGGAUCAUCAUUAUCACAAUCAUCUGACACCAACUCGACAUUACUUACAACUCUGAUUUCUGAUAAAGUAGACGACCCUCCAAGUCCUCUUUCUGCCUACGAGGAAGAGUAUGUGUCGCCGACGGCUCGAGGCAGAUCUGCACAGGAUGAUCUGUCUGAAGAGUUCUUGCGUGUCUGGACAUCGCCCGAUCUCCCAAAUUCUGAGUACCGCGACCUACUCAAGUCGUUCCCUUCUUUUCUGACUCGACGACCUUUGCCUCGGUUUCCGACACCGUCCAAGUUACAUGCAACUGAUUUGGAGGAAGGUUUUGUGGAUACGCUAGACGCCAAACAAAUCCGCUUCGGAACCGGUUGCAUGUGGAUUGGCGCUAAGCAGCGCAGUGAUGGCUGGCAGGGCAGUUGGUGGUCAAGAUUUAUAUCGUGGUGGAAAGAGACAUUUUGCUAGAUGCAUCAUGCCUUUCGCUUCGUUCUGAUUUUUUCCCGCUGCGCUUGGACUAUAUGUACCCUUCAUGCAUCUUUCGCAGUUAAGUAUCUUGUUUCAAUGUUUGCAUUUCUCGCACCAUCUACAGGAAGUACAUUUGCACACCGCCUAUCAUAUCUCACUGUCUAUGGUGAU